AUGGUAGGUCUCCUUUUGUCUGCUAUAUUUCAAAAGGUGGUAGGGAGCAAUGUUCAUAUCCAAUAUAUAAACAACACGGGUUUCCGAUUGCCUCGAAUUGCUGGCACAAAGACACCAGGUAUCCCAAAAGGCUACUUUGCCGUCUAUGUUGUGAAGAGCCAGAAGAAACGAUUUGUGGUUCCAAUAUCAUAUUUGAACCAACCUCUGUUUCAGGAUUUGCUUAGUCAAGCUGAAGAAGAAUUUGGAUACCAUCACCCAAUGGGUGGUAUCACAAUUCCUUGCACAGAGGACACCUUCAUCGAUCUCACCUCUCGUUUAAGUGUGUGAGUAAACACUAAUAAAUGGGAUGAUGGAU